CCUUCCUCCUUCCUCAGCGCGGUCACGCUGUCACUCGGCACCGGCUCCCGAGCCCUGACAGAAAAGCCUGAAAAAAUGAAGAUCUGGGCGUCAGAGCACAUUUUCAACCAUCCGUGGGAGACGGUGACCAAGGCGGCAAUGCAGAAGUACCCCAACCCCAUGAACCCUGGUGUGUUUGGUGUAGAUGUUCUGGACAGAAACGUGGACACACAGGGACGGUUACACAGCACCAGACUGCUCAGCACAGAGUGGGGCCUCCCUGCAAUAGCCAAGUCUAUCAUCGGGGUAACAAGAACGUGCACUUAUGUUCAGGAACAUUCAGUGGUGGACCCCAAAGAAAAGACCUUUGAGCUGAAAUCUACAAAUAUCUCCUUCACUAACCUGGUGUCUGUGGACGAGAAGUUAACUUACAAGCCACAUCCGCAGGAUCCUGAAAAGACGGUACUGACACAGGAGGCUCUGAUCAGUGUGAAAGGUGUCAGUCUGAGCAGCUACCUCGAGGGUCUCAUGGCCAAAACCAUCUCCACCAAUGCCGGCAAGGGUCGGGAGGCGAUGGAGUGGGUCAUUAGACGAUUGAACACAGAAAUUGAGGAGUUGGCGGCGACCGCUCGUGGUACUAUACGAGCUCCAAUGGCAGCAGCUGUUGCAGACAAAUGAUCCAGGCCUUCCCUGCUGCAUGAACCGGUGGACCUCUCAGACAUUUCCCCUCACCUAACCUGCCAGCACAGCCUAAUAACCACAGCCCCACCCUUCAUACGUUUGUUUGUACGAAUCUCACAAGAACUAGCUGGUCGUCCCUCCUCAGCAGUCUGCGCCGACGAGUUUGAUACUCGUUGUUGCGGGCAGUGACGGGGAGUGUUGAGCUGAUGACAGUUUAAAAAGCAAACAGGGUUCAAUAGGACUGCACUUGAAGCUCAUAGGACUUAGUCUUGUGAUGUUGAAGCUCUUUUUUUUUUUUUUUUUUUAAAUAAUUCACUACGUGCCUCCACAUCAUCUCAUCACUUCCUUUUCUUCUCUUUCUCCCCUUUGUUUUAAACUUUUCAUCUCUCCAAUAUAAUCUUGUUUCCAGAUCCGUGUAAGCAAGUUGAGUACUCAGCUGAAAAGAAGUCACUUUUCACAAGCUUGCUUUGUACAGCAGAACUCAUCCAAAAAUAUCAAAGAACCAAAAAGCCACCAGUGCAAACAGGCUGCAACAAAGUACAGAAGUUACUCACUGCUUCAGCUGUCUCGUCUUGUGAUAUUGAAGCUCCGGGUUUUUAUUCUCGGCUGUCCUGUAAGCUCAGAUUGAUUGGACCGUUUGGAUUCCCAUCUUUUUUUAAGUGGCCAGACAGGAAAGCCAGUUUGAGGAUGUACUUACAUGAUGGUGUAACACAAAUAGUACUUGUCCAUGUCUGGCACUUAGAUUUUUUAACAAGAAACACUUGUGUUGUUUAUUUUUAGUCAAAAGUUACAAAGCAUAUAAAAGAAGCGGGCAAGUGAGUUUGGGUUUAUUUGACCCUCUGCUGCAGUCGAGGUCUGUCUGGUAAAGAUGUCAGCUUGGUGGGCUGGUCUUCAGAUGUUCUGGCUUUGUUCUGGGUACAAAUUGACUUUUUCUAGUCUCUCUUGCCUUUUGUUUGUCCUUUCUCUGACACUGAUGAUGUGCUGUAUUGUUACGUGUUACAGUAUAAGAAUGUGCAUACUUGAAUGUCUAACUUAUUUACAGUAUGUGUACUUAAAUACACUUACAAAGGCAGGAGGUCCUUUAUAAGCUGCGGAGCUGCAAAAAUAAGUGUAUGAGCACUGAAAAACAUGUACCACAGUGUUUCGAUGCGUUGUGAACAUUCACCAGUGUUGUAGGAGGAGCUUUGCAGGGUUACGGUCAGGAUCACUGGGUGUGCCAACACAAAAUGUGAGCAUUGAAAUAACUUUACAGAUUUAAUAUCCCAAAACACUUUAUUAUCAUGAACAAACACAUUCUGUUUGUUCUAUAGAUAGUGUUAUUUAUAGUGUAUUUGUAUUAGUGGACAUUGACAAAGGCUGGUAAAUUGAGCAAUUGCUCCUGGUGUUUUUAUACUGCAUUUUCCUUCCGUAUCCCGUGGCGAACUCUCAGGUGCUACAUAAUCGACUUCGGUUCAGUUUGCCUGUUUGCUUCCUUCGUAAAGACUAAGUUAAGAUGAAGGCGAUGUAAAAGCUUUGUAACUCGUGUUCGUUCUUCCCUUUUCUUCUCCUCUUCUCUCUAGAAACUUUUAAUAAAGACACUUAUACAAAUUCAAGUUUACACCAAGGGGGUUUGUGGUACAACAAAAACUAUUUUACAAUAUCACAAGUCUUCCAAGAUGCCCCGCAGUCGGUAUCUUGCGUGACUGUCAUGGUCUCAGUUAGUUUAGUCGAUCUCUACAGUGGGUCAGUCUUUUUUUCACACCUUCUUUCAGUUCAGCUGAGCUUCUUUUUUUUAAGGUAUAGUUAACUCCUCAUCAUGUCCGGCUCAGAAUCGGUCUGAAGUUUGGUCCGCUGUCUCACUGACAGUCGGCGUCCUCACUCAUCUUAUGACUCAAGUGUGAUGUUUUUCUAUGGGGAACAUUUUAGGAGCAGUGGCUGUAAAUAGGCUUAUAUUUAUAUUUUGGUGGUGUUACAUUCCAAGAAUGUGAACCUGUAACAGAAUCUGAAGAGUGCACACUGACACAAAUGUUUCAAAAUAAAGAGAUGUCAAUUUCAUGAA